UUAAAAAAAUAAAAAAUGAAGGACCAAUGUAAGGACAUAGUUGAGAUCCAAUGCUCAAAUUCACACCUCCUUAUCCCUUCUCACAUUCUCUUCACCCCACUAAACCCAAUUUAGUCUCUGUCUUAAUUUGUUAAUGGUGAUGAUUUUGAGAAACGAGAUGUGGAGAUUAAUCAAGAUCCUAUAUCUUUUGAUUUGCGUGAUCAUAGUAUUAUUAUCAUCGUUGGUAGAUGCAAUUCGAUUCGACCUGAUAUCUGGAACGACAAAAUGUAUAACAGAAGAAAUAAUGCACGAUGCCAUGACCGUCGGCAAGUACUCGGUCGUCAAUCCUAACGAAGGUUACCCCUUGCCCGACAAUCACAGGAUCACUGUCCGGGUAACCUCUCCGUAUGGAAACAAUUAUCACUAUAUGAAUCAUGUGGAAUCUGGUACUUUUGCCUUUACAGCAUCUGAGGGAGGUGACUAUAUGACUUGUUUAUGGGCUGUCGAUCAGAGGCCACCCCUAAACUUGUCAAUCGACUUUGAGUGGAAAUCUGGUGUUGCUGCUAAAGAUUGGUCUAAUAUUGCCAAAAGAGGCCAGAUACACGUACAGACGCUCGGUUCGGAGAUCCGCCAACUUAGGUCAUCAUUCAGCUAUUUUGGACUGCUCCUUUGUUCCGGAGCUAGCUUGUGGUAUAAUCUCCUUAUGUUGUGAUCGUAUGUGUUUGUUUGGGUACGGCGGGGCCCUGUCCCGCCACAUAAUACGGUCAUUACUCUUAGAGGUCUGUGGACAUCUGUGUGGGUCUGUUUACAGUUGUUGAUGCGUUUUAUGUUUUUGACUUAAGUUUGGGGCGUACCCAUUCGUAAUGGCAGCCUUGUCAGCUUGCAUAUGUGUGUAUGUUUGGUAUUUUGUAUAUCGUGGCAGCCUUGUCGGCUUGCUUA